GGCUCUGGAACAAUCACAAAGUAAAACAUAAUUAUACUUAAUAUUACAAUGAACCCGAUUACUUCCUCAAAAGAAUCUCUGUCGCAGGCACUACAAUGCAAAAUUAUACCAAAUCAAGAAUACCUACUACAAGGAUCAAUAAUAGAAUCUGCUGUUGAUCAUUUAUUGCACAGGCUUCGUGGUCUUUGUGACUUGUGUGACAAUGUUGAAACGGCUCCAGAAACCUUUCAUGAUUUGGAAGUUUGUAUGAGCAUGAGGCAGCCAAAUCAACAAUUAAGUGUGAGAGUUCGUCGAGCACUUGAUAGAGAUGUGCCAUAUCAACUGAGAUAUAUAGGACAACCUGAAUUAGAUCGAUCUAGGCCAACUCUUGUACGAUCAAGUAUUGAUGUAGGAUGUACUGCAACUGUUCUUGAAUUUUUAACCGAAUUAGGCUGCCGUCUAGACUUCGAAUAUGUUAGUCAAGGAUAUAUGUUUCGAAAAGGACGAAUGAAGAUAACCGUAGCAAAAGUAUUUAAAAUAAUGCACGGAAAGCAGAAUGAUGGUGAACCAGUUUGUCACAGCUUUCUGGUAGAACUAUCGGUUUUAGCACCAAAUGGACAAGAUGCAAUAGGAGAUGAAAUGAGGAUUUUUGCAGAGCAAUUAAAGCCUUUAGUACAACUUGAGAAGAUUGAUUACAAAAGACUGGGAACAUUGCCUUAAUUUAAUUGUUCUAAGAUAUACAGUGGAUGAUUAGAUUUGUAAAACAUGUUUGGUUUAAAAAAGUAAAAACUAUGUUACGGCAUUUUUAGUUAUGAAAGUGAGGUGCAUCAUUUUCUCUUAGAUACAAUAAAGCCGUUAGUACAACUUGAAAA